AUGGAGCCAACGUUGGCGCAGGAGGGAGGCAGAAACGGCACCAGUGUGAAGUUCAAUUCGAAGGUGGUGACGGUGACCAAAGUGGGCGGCAAGAAGCAGGGUCUGACACCAACCCUCAACAUCACCUUCCGUGUGAAGGAGGAGCCGGGCGAUGAUGGCAAUAGGAAGAGACUCUGCGGCACCUGGAUGGGCAACGGCUGGGCAACACAUCAGGAGAGCAGCGGCAACAAGACUCACGCCACCUGUACCUACAACACCCUGUCCAGCUUUGCCCUGCUGCUGGCUCAGUACAAAAUGGACCCGGUGCACAGUACCGCCCUCUGGUGGAUCACUCUGCUGGUGCUGCCCGUGUCUCUCCUCCUCCUCUUGUUGUCUGUAGCAACCUUCUUCUGGUGCAAGGCCAUCCGCGGCCUCUACACGCUGAUCCAAGCGCACCUCUGCCUCAACCUCUUCCUGGCCGAGCUGCUCUUCCUCAUCACCAUGUUCAUCAAACAGCAAUCGAUGGUGUGUGCGUUGGUGCUGGGUAGUCUGCACUACCUGCUGCUGGUGGCGUUCAGCUGGAUGCUGCUGGAGGCCGUACACCUGUGGCUGAUGGUGCUCAACCUGAAGGUGGUGAACUUCACCCGCACACGCGUGAUGAAGCGGCGAUACAUGUACCCUGCCGCCUACCUGUGCCCGGCGCUGGUGGUGACCGUGGCAGCCUCUGUCAACCCCCGCGGCUACUGGAGAUAUGACCGGUGUUGGCUGGAUCUGGAGAAAGGAUUUAUCUGGAGUUUGUUGGGUCCGGUGUCCUUCGUGGUUUUGGUUAACACGGUUUUGUUUGUCAUGAUCAUAUGGAACUUGAGGAACUUGAGGAAUAUCAAGGCUGCCCUGAACACCAAUGUUUCAACCAUCAAGGAUUCCAGGAUACGGACCUUCAAGACCAUGGCCCAAUUCGUUGUGUUGGGCUGCUCAUGGGUCAUUGGACUACUUUUCCAGCUGAACGAGGACACCAUAGUAUUGUCGUACAUAUUCACCAUUGUAAACGUCUCCCAGGGAGUGUUCAUCUUCCUGGUCCACUGUCUGCUGAACCAGCAGGUGAGGAGAGAAUACAGCAACUGGUUCAGCCGUAUGUGCCGAAGGAAGAAGGCAGAGGCGGCAGACAUCCCCUCCCCCAUCGCCAUGAGUGACGGUUUCGAAGACUAUGAGACUGUGAAGACAACUCAGUUGGACAUUCAGAGGGAGAAUAUGGGCUCUGAAUGA